AAUAAAAAAUAAAAAAGUUACAGGACGACUAAAAAGAGAGACAGGUUCCCUGACUCACUGUGAGAGUGAAGACAAAAGGUUUUAGGUUUAAGAAGAACCUCUACCAUCAAACAUGGACCGUGGUAAUUUCAGCGAUUCAGCUGGUGUGAGAAUGAAUGCUGACAACUGCAAUGGCCGUUCCUAUGUGUCAGGCAGUGGAGACUUGUCGAUGGAGAGGGAGUUCUCGGGGGGAUUGGGGGGGCCUACGAUGAGUACUCCAAACAGCCAACAGUCGUCCCCUUGCCGCUCCCUCAGUGCAAACUCCAUCAAGGUGGAGCUGUACAGCGACGAUGACCCAGGCUCCGCGUCUCGAGCGCUUGGGAGAGGGGGAGACAGGGAGGAGGGAUGGAAGGAGGAGAGGGAGGAGAAGAUGGACGAGGAGGAGGGCCAGGAGCCUGGAGGUGGAGGAGGAGAGGGCGGUGGAUACGGCGAGAGGGCCAGUCCCAACCCUUCCUCCCCGGGACCCAUCCGCCUGCCCAACGGGAAGCUGAAGUGUGACGUGUGCGGGAUGGUCUGCAUCGGGCCCAACGUGCUGAUGGUGCACAAGCGCAGCCACACAGGUGAACGGCCCUUCAAGUGUAACCAGUGCGGAGCCUCCUUCACUCAGAAGGGGAACCUGCUGCGUCACAUUAAGCUGCACUCCGGGGAGAAGCCCUUCAAGUGCCCCUACUGCGCCUACGCCUGCCGUCGCCGGGACGCCCUGUCCGGACACCUCCGAACCCAUUCCAUGGCCUCUCCGAUUGUGGGAAAGCCCUAUAAGUGCAGUUAUUGCGGCCGCAACUAUAAGCAGCAGAGCUCGCUGGAGGAGCACAGAGAGCGCUGCCACAGCUACCAACAGAGCCUGGAGUCCCAGAGUGCCCACACACAAGGAGAGGACUUGGAGCUGAUACAAGACCCUCUGAUCCAGCCACCCUUCAUCGACAGGCUGGCCAACAGCAUCACCAAACGCAAGAGGACUACACCCCAGAAGUUUGUGGGAGAAAAGCACAUGCGUCUCGACAUGGCCAACACCCCUUAUGAGCUGAAUCCCCCCCUGGACAAGGUGGGAGACACGCUGGGCCCCCAGCACCAGGGGGUGGACCCCAUCCACUUCGCUGGGGUGGGAGGGGAGUACCUCAGUGGUGGCAAUGGGGGCCCAGAACCCCACCGGUCGCUGCGGUUACCCCACCCCCACGCUGUCACCUGCCUGUCCGAACUCAACCCCGUCAUCAGCUCCAUGUACGGCCCGCUGGGGUCCCUGGGGCCGCGGGGAGACUGUGCUGGGGGCGGGGCUGGCAUGGGAGGCGUGGCCUCAGGGUUAGGAGGGCGGGAGGCGGGCGAGGGCCACGAGGACCUACCCCCUCUGAGGCGCAGCCGAGCCCCGUCUCCCAGCAACAGCUGCCAGGGCUCCACGGACAGCGAGAGCGCGGCGGAGGAGCAGUGCGCCAUGGCCAUCGCCGUCAGCAACUCCAACCACCACCACCACCACCACCACCACCACCCACCCCCUCCUCCUCCUCCCCCCCCUCCUCCUCCCCCGCAGCAGCAACGCGGUCAGGACCGGCGCAGUCCCGCGCCCGCCAAAGAGAGGGACUGGGGGGAGGCAGAGAGGGACGGGGCCCCCCCCGCGGGCUCCUGGGGGCCGCUGCGGCUGGUGGACGGCGAGGGCCGGCCCGUGCGAUGCUACCGCUGUGAGCACUGUCGCGUGCUCUUCCUGGACCACGUCAUGUUCACCAUCCACAUGGGCUGCCACGGCUUCCGCCAGCCCUUCGAGUGCAACAUCUGCGGCCACCGCAGCCUGGACCGCUACGAGUUCUCCUCCCACAUCGUGCGCGGCGAGCACCUGGUGGGCUGAGGGCGGGCCUGGGGGCCCAGUUUGUGUUUGUUUGAGACAAGGAUUCCUAGGUUGAUUAAAUGGGGUUAUGACAGACCGUGACUGUAUGUUUGCUUGCUAAUGCCACCAAGCGGGGAAGUAAAUAGCUGUGUCAGUAAUGUGGAGCAGCUUAGUUGUGGUAUUUACAGCGCAUAGGUAUUUGGACAGUGAUGCUGUUAAUAUGGCUCUGUACUCCGUACACUUUGGAUUUGAAAUGAAAUUAUGAAUAUGAGGUUAAAUUCAGGCUGUCACAUUUGGGGGUACUCUCAGCCAUAUCGGGUGAUCCGUGUUAGAGUGGCAUCCCUUUUUUAAUUACUUCCUUGACUUUCAUUUGGCAAAAAAUUGGCUCCAAAGAUAAUCAAAAGCCUAGAAUCAAAACUAGAUACUGAAUAUGUUCUUAUACCUUUACUAAGGAAUAGAUUGAAGAUAUUUGACUAAUCAUAAAUAGCUGAGGCCAACUGUCCAAUUACUUUUGGUCCCCUAAAAUGGGGGACUAUGUAUUAUUAUGUAUAGGGAUAUAAUUCCUACAUAGAUCACCCAAUAUGGAUGUAAAACCGCUCAAAUUAAAGGUGACAGUCAGUUUGACAUCAUAUACAAAUCCAAUGUGCUGGAGUAGAGAGCCAAAAGAGCAGAAAUUGUACCAUUGUGCAAUUACUUAUGUGUAUAUAUAUAUGCGUGUGUGUGUGUGUGUGUGUGUGUGUGUGUGUGUGUGUGUAUGUGUCUGUGUGUCUGUGUGUGUCUGUGUGUGUGUGUCCCGGCCUGUUGUAACCCUGUUUUAAUAACCGAGAGAUGCGAGGGUUUGGUCUGCACCAGAGUCAGGGAGGUAGAUGGGCAUUAGGAGUUGUGCUAAGUGUUGACUGUUGAUUUUUGCAGUAUCGACUGUUCAGAGGUGAACUGAGGGAGAGUACCAAUGCACAUACAGAUGGGGCUGUCAACCGUUUUGUCAACCAAAACCUUUUUGCCCAUGGAGGCACUCCCCCCCC